AUGGACAUGUUCUCCGAUUUGACGGACGCUCUAAUAGUCACCAUCAUUUCCUUCUUGCCCUUUAAAGAAGCCGCAAGAACGAGUGUACUAUCCCGGCGUUGGCAUUGCCUAUGGCGUUUGACGGCGAACAUUGAGUUUGACGAGCAGUUUUUUGUUAGGGACAAUGUACCCGUUGAAACUCAACGUGUUCAAAGACUCGAUUUCAUCAACUUCGUUCGGCACUGGCUCAAUGAAUACACCACUGAACUCGUCCUGCGAAGGUUCAAGCUCCGUAUAUCAAAGCCUCGCGAGUUCGAAGCCGAUGUGCAAAAGUGCAUUUCAUUUGCCGUUUCCCGUAAUGUUGGAGCGCUUGAACUGGACUUCUCAGAUCCAACGUGGGACGAGAACGAUAUGGAGAAUCAUGAACCAGAGUUUGGUCUCCCCAUGCAAGUUUAUGAAAAUGGCACGCUGGGUCUUGAGUCGUUGACGCUGUUCGCAUGCAGUUUCAACCCGGCCUGGUUGAUGAAUCUCAGAUUGCUUAAACAUGUUUCGUUUGGUUGGAUCGCAGUUAGAAUGUCUACCCUGAAUGACCUAUUGCGGAAUUGUACGUGCUUGGAGAGUUUGAGGCUGAAAAAAUGUUGGAACCUCGAGCAUCUGAGUAUUUUCGAGAGGGAUGUGGCCCUUAAGACAUUGGUGGUGGAUAAUUGCAAUUUCUAUCAAGAGUGGUUUGGGAUCGAGGCACCGAACUUGAGGUUUUUCAAGUAUUCAGGGUCUGUAGGGAUCUUUGAUUUGAUUUUGACAAGGCAAUUGGAAGAGGCUGAACUUGACUUUGGAUCCGAGUCGGAGUUCGAUGAAUCUGGUGGCGAUCUUCUUCAGAGACUUUUAUCAUCCUUGGACUGCGCUAGGGUUUUGAAAGUUUGUAGUUUCAUGCUUCAGGUUGUUCCAACUGGGAUGGAGCCCUUGAGAAUGCAAUCACCUCUUAAUGUGCGACAUCUUAUUUUGAACGCUGCAAUGCACCAAGAUGAGUUUUGGGGCAUUGCUUUCUUCCUCAAGAGUUGUCCUUUUCUCGAAACCCUAACCCUUCAAAUGAGCCCUCCAAGAAUUUUCCCUUUUUUCAGCAUGAGCUCUGUUGUUCAGCUCGACAUUAUUCGCAAUUUGAGAUGGGGUAUUGACUCUGACCUUUCUGAGUACCAGAGGACAAGAUAUUUGGAGCUCUGCUCUAAUCAGAAUGGGUUUCUGCACGACAACCUUCUCAAGUGCAUUAGUUACAAGUUGGCUGCUCAGAUAAUUUCUAAGACAGUCAACAUUGCGGAUGCCAUUUAA